AAUAUGGAAAAGGACAAUGCCACUUUGCUGACGGAGUUUAUUCUCACAGGACUUACACACCAACCAUGUUGGAAACUCCCCCUGUUCCUGCUGUUUCUGGUGAUAUUCCUCAUCACCCUUGUGGGGAACCUUGGGUUGAUUACUCUCAUCUGGAAGGACCCCAAGCUUCACAUUCCCAUGUACUUAUUUCUAGGGAGUUUAGCCUUUGUGGAUGCAUCUAUCUCAUCCACAGUGAUUCCAAAGAUGCUGGUCAACUUCUUAGCUAAGAGUAAAUUAAUCUCUCUGUCUGAAUGCAUGGUGCAAUUUUUUUUCUUUAAUAUCAGUGCAACCACAGAAUGUUUUCUCCUGGCAGCAAUGGCUUAUGAUCGCUAUGCAGCCAUAUGCAAACCUUUACUCUAUCCAGUAAUAAUGACCAACAGACUAUGCAUAAGUCUGUUAGUCUUGUCAUUUGUAGGUGGGCUUCUUCAUGCAUUCAUUCACGAAGGAUUUUUAUUCAGGUUAACCUUCUGUAAUUUCAACAUAAUACAUCACUUUUAUUGUGAUAUUAUAUCAUUGUUCAAGAUUUCCUGCACUGACCCUUCUAUUAAUUUUCUAAUGGUAUUUAUUUUGUCUGGUUCAAUUCAAGUAUUCACCAUUGUGAUUGUUCUGGUUUCUUAUACACUUGUUCUCUUUACUUAAAUCUUAAAAAAGAAAUCUGUCAAAGGCAUAAGAAAGGCUUUCUCCACCUGUGGAGCCCAUCUCUUAUCAGUGUCUUUGUACUAUGGCCCUCUUCUCUUCAUGUAUGUGCAUCCUGCCUCUCCGCAAGUAGAGGAUCGAGAUAUGAUGGACUCUCUAUUUUAUACUAUCAUAAUUCCUGUGUUAAAUCCAAUAAUCUAUAGUCUGAGGAAUAAGCAAGUCAUAGAUUCUUUGACAAAAUAUUUAAAAAGGAAAGUUUAG